AUGUCGGUCAACCAGUGCCCGGAUUGCGGUGGCCGUCGCCUGCGUCCCGAAGCGCUGGCGGUGACCGUGGCCGGUCAUCCAAUCGACCACCUACUGGCGCUGCCGGUGUGGGAGUUGCUCGAAUUGGUCGGUGAGCUUGAGCUCAGCGAACGCCAGGUGGUGAUCGUUGCCAAAGUGCUGCAAGAGAUCCGCGACCGGCUGGGCUUCCUGCGCGAUGUCGGCGUCGGUUACCUGACCUUGGAGCGGUCGUCUGCCACUCUGUCGGGUGGCGAAAGCCAGCGCAUCCGCCUGGCGACCCAGAUCGGUUCCAAGCUGAUGGGGGUGCUCUACGUGCUCGACGAGCCGUCAAUCGGCUUGCAUCAACGCGACAACGAGCGCCUGAUAGCCACCCUGAGAGAGAUGCGGGACCUGGGCAACUCGGUGCUGGUGGUGGAGCACGACGAGGACACCAUUCGCGCAGCUGAUUGGGUGCUCGAUCUCGGUCCGGGAGCGGGGAUUCACGGCGGCGAGGUGGUGGCUGCCGGCACUCCCGAGGAACUCGAAAAAGGCUCGUUGGGCUUGACCGGCAAAUACCUCAGCGGUGAGCGCUCGAUCCCGGUUCCGGAGCGCCGCGCGCCGGAGCUGGACAAGCUGCUGACUGUCAAGGGUGCUAGGCACAACAAUCUGCAGGGCAUCGACGCGGCUUUUCCGAUAGGCCGCUUGACGGUGGUAACCGGGGUGUCGGGCUCGGGCAAGAGCAGUCUGGUCAGCGACAUCCUGCACCGCGCUCUAGCGGCGCAUUUCUACCGCGCCCGCGAGCGCGCUGGUGUUCACGACAAGCUCUCCGGGCUGGAGCACCUCGACAAGGUGAUCUCGAUUGACCAAAGCCCGAUCGGUCGCACCCCGCGCUCCAACCCGGCGACCUACACCCAGGUCUUCGGCCACAUCCGCGGUCUGAUGGCCAAGACACCCGAAGCGCGGACUCGCGGAUACAAACCGGGGCGGUUCUCGUUCAACGUCAAGGGCGGUCGGUGUGAGGCCUGCAGCGGCGAUGGGCAGAACAAGAUCGAGAUGCACUUCUUGCCCGAUAUUUACGUUACUUGCGAGGUUUGCGGUGGCCAGCGCUACGAUCGCGAGACCUUGGCGGUGCGUUAUCGCGGGCUGAACAUCGCCGAGAUCCUGGCCCUGUCGGUCGAGCAGGCGCUCGAGGUGUUCGAGAACAUUCCGCCGGUGGCGCGGAUCCUUGGCACCCUCAACGACGUCGGCCUGGGCUACAUCCGCCUCGGCCAGCCGGCGACCACCCUGUCCGGCGGCGAGGCGCAGCGGGUCAAGCUGGCUUCAGAGCUGUCGAAACGGGCCUCGGGGCGCACCCUCUACCUGCUCGACGAGCCCACCACCGGGUUGCAUUUCGAGGAUGUGCGCAAGCUGCUCGAAGUGCUGCAGCGGCUGGUCGAGAAGGGCAACACGGUGAUCGUGGUAGAGCACAAUCUCGAAGUCAUCAAGACCGCCGACUGGCUGAUCGACCUGGGUCCCGAAGGCGGUGCCGGCGGCGGCGAGCUGGUGGCCGAGGGCACCCCGGAGCAGGUGGCAAAAGUCAAAGGUAGUCACACAGGUCGCUACCUCGCGCCGGUGCUCGAACGGGCCGCGAGUCAGUGGCUCGAUUGGCAGCCUUGGCGACCGCGCUUUGCCAUCAGCUGGAUCUUCUUCACCUACCUGGCGACCCUUGUCUUGGCCACCACCGGGCUGCUAGCCGGCUGGCUCGGACAACGCCGUGGGGCUAGCCGUACGGCACGCUUCGGUAUGUUGCUCAACGCUGUGGUGGUGCUGCUGACCGGCCUGUGGUUGGCUUUUUGGAUAGUGAUCCUGCGGCGCUGA